GGGCGCAGCGCUCUUCUCUAGAUCGUGACGUCUGAGGGGGCGGAAUUAAAGAAGCCGAGAUUGCCCGAGCCGAGGACAGGGCUGUGGGCAGGAUGUCCCCGGUCAUACACUAGUGGCCCCGCGGGGACUGUGGGCGGGGGCCCCGGAGCUGUGUGAUCUCCUGGAUGCCGAGGACCGCAGGAAGUUAUUUGUAUCUAAUAUGUUGCGCGGCUCAGCUCGGCCUGUGUGGAAAAGCCUUGGAUAGCAGAGCCGAAAGGGACUAAGAGAGCGGAAUAGUGAAGGCUGAACACUUCACCAGGCACCAUGUCUGUCAUGAUGGUGAGGAAGAAGGUGACCCGGAAAUGGGAGAAGCUUCCUGGGAAGAACACGUUCUGCUGCGAUGGCCGGGUCAUGAUGGCGAGGCAGAAGGGGAUCUUCUACCUGACACUCAUACUCAUCCUCGGGACAUGUUCUCUCUUCUUUGCUUUCGAGUGUCGCUAUCUGGCCGUGCAGCUCUCGCCGGCGAUCCCCGUGUUUGCCGUGCUCCUCUUCCUCUUCUCUAUAGCCACGUUGCUGCGGACCAGCUUCAGUGACCCCGGAGUAAUACCGCGAGCGCUGCCGGAUGAAGCGGCUUUUAUCGAAAUGGAGAUUGAGGCAGCCAAUGGGAACGUGCCGCAGGGUCAGAGGCCGCCUCCUCGCAUUAAAAACGUCCAAAUCAACAAUCAGAUUGUGAAGCUGAAAUAUUGUUACACCUGCAAAAUCUUCCGUCCGCCCCGCGCCUCGCACUGCAGCAUCUGUGACAACUGUGUGGAACGUUUCGACCAUCAUUGCCCCUGGGUGGGGAACUGCGUGGGGAAGAGGAACUAUCGUUACUUCUACCUCUUCAUCCUCUCCCUGUCCCUCCUGACAAUCUACAUCUUCACCUUCAACAUCGUCUACGUCGCUCUCAAUUCUUUAAAAAUCGGCUUCCUGAACACAUUGAAAGAAAGUCCCGGGACUGUGCUGGAGGUCUUCAUCUGCUUCUUCACCCUCUGGUCUGUGGUGGGAUUAACUGGAUUCCACACGUUUCUCGUGUCUCUGAACCAGACGACCAAUGAAGAUAUAAAAGGAUCCUGGACUGGUAAAAACCGGGUACAGAACCCAUACAGCCAUGGUAACCUAAUGAAAAAUUGCUGUGAGGUUCUAUGUGGCCCAGUUCAGCCAAGUGUUCUGGAUAGAAGAGGGAUCCUCCAGGAGCCGCUGAGUCCUCCAGGGAAGACUGAACCAGAAAACGGUAGUACGCAGCGAGACUCUGUGGCGACCGUCCCGCUGAUGCCCACUGAUCCUCCUGUGAAGCCCUCGGUCCCCGACGUCCAGAAAGAUCCCAACGCCCUGGAAAUGGCCGUUCAGAUCCCCAAAGAAUCAGACGGGAAGCAGGAGACAGAAAAGUAAAAGCGACGAAAUAUUUCUCAGCGAAAAGCAGAAUAAUGUGACAAAUCCACGGGAAAACUACGGGAAAGCGACAGCCGGCCCACUACGCCAUUUUUCUUUAGUAUUUGCUUGUGUUAAUAUGAAGGUGACGUCUUGUGAGAUAGAGAUUCAUCUUUAUCGGUCUGGAGAAAAAAUAAUAUAAAAAGGCUCAAAAAGGCUCAAUGAAAAAACAAAAACAAUCUAAAAAAGACUUCAGGUGCUAGUCCAACACGCCAAUGACAUUACGUGUGAGCGCGCCUCGCCUGGCCGCCGUACCGCGACACAUCUCCACUAUGGGAGCUGGCUCUUCAGACUGUACCUACAAUCGUAUUAUGCAUCCCCUGGACGACCGGCGGACAAUCUCUAUCUGGACAUUAUGGGGUCUGUCUAUAGGGGCAACGACGUGUCACAUGAUCGGCACCUUACCGAAAGAAAUAAAGAUAUGCAUUGCUUUUUGUUUUAUUUGCCAAAACUGGAAGGGAUGACACUUCUGGUGAAGCCGAAAUCUGUCUCUGCACUACUUCUUCUUCUUCCCGGAGGUCGUUUUUUUUUUUUUUUUUCUUUUGGGGACUAAGUGAUUCUGACCACACAGACUCUUCUUUCAGCUCGGGAGACCCCCAAAAACCAGAGGACCCGUAUUAUUUGGUCGUUGUCCUAGUUCAUCGCCCCCCUCACUACAUCCCCCCCCCUCCCCGUCAUGACGUAGAUGUUUGUCCACGUGGCGUGAGGUCAUCCCUACCAUAUCCAGCUCAUUCAUUCCCAUACUGUAGGUUUUUUGUGGUCUUGCAAUGAACAUAAGGAUAGUUAGGAGGCUCCAUAGGAGCUGCUAUGUGUCGAAGAGGUUUUUUUUAUUUUUUUUUGUAAUUUUUUAGGGCAUUUUUGAACGUCUUCUGAAGUGCGAAGAAUUUCUUGCUGCUGCUCUACGAUUCUUACUUAAAGGUGUAUUCCGCUC